UUCCUUGUCAACAGCAUAAUUGUUUUCAUUGUUCAUUCAUUCAUGUUGCUUUUCCUAGCCUGGUCAUAUAAUUAAUAGUGCUGACCAAUUUUAUAUGUUACAGACCAGCCACUAAUAUCACAUGCUUAGGCUAGAAUUAGUUUUCCUUCAUACUCACGAUUUUUACUCCAUUGUUAUUGUCAAAAUGUUCCUACUUCCGGUUUGAAGAUGGACAUUUGUCUCUUAAAGUUAAUGUCAUUAUUUAAGAAUUCAUAUAAAAUAAGUCGCAGCUAUCAAAUUUUAGUCCUGUUGUGCACAUUUCUGCCAAUUUUUGACAGUUAGAAUUGUUUAAAUCCAUUGCUUUUUGAUUUAAAACUCUCACACUUGUUUCUUAGAAAUAUACGGCAGCCAUCUUGAUUUUUACCGUGCCCGUUGCUAAGCAACUUCUGUCAAGCCGACUUUUAAAGUCCUUAAACAUCAUUUUGUGUUUAAUAAUUUGUUAAAGUGCUGAAAUGAAUCCAAUUCAUGGCAGAAAACGUUCCUUUGAGGUCAUGGAGUACGGACAGAAAGCAAGAAAGAGACCUCUCUUCUCAUGUAUACAUUGCAAGAAGAAUAUGACAACAUAUAUAAAUGAGAGAUACAGAAUGGUUGACCAUGUGCAGAAGCACCAUUUUGCACUUAGUGAAGCACCAUUUUACUGUUCAAUGUGCUUGUUUCGGUGUUCCACUAGAGAGGCUUUGGUAAAGCAUGUCACAGACUAUAGAAGACACGCGCUUAUGUCAGCAAUGCAAGGAGGUGGUGAUCAAAGCAGGUUCCUGAUAGAAAACCCUCACCCUAGGGUUGUGAAAGAGGGUGUGGACUAUGAGGUGACUCAGCAAGGCUGCAGUGAUUCCGGUGAUCUGGUCAGUGUUAAAAUGACACCGUAGCUUCUUGCCAGCCUACUGAAUCGUGGUUCCAAUGUGUCUGGAGAAGCUGUGGUUCCAUCGCCUCUUGCUGCCAACCUACCUUACACCCCUACAAGACCCGAAUACAAUAGGUGUGAAACGAGUACAGCGGUCACCGCGGAGCAAGACGACGUGGAACAGUUUGAAAUGCUACAAGAGCUAUUCCCUACGCCAUAUCCAGCCUCAUCAUCCCCCUGCCAAAUGCCCACAUUUCCAGCCUAUCAGCCUACACCAGUGUCUGCGAAUACCACAUCUGUGUUGGGAAUGGGGUUUCCCAAUUAUGUGCCAACGCCAGUUUCAUCUUCAAUGGUAGGAUGUCUGCCAUCAUUCACGACUCCUGCUCCUGCUGUCCCAGUGUCCAUUUCCAGGCUGAGCACCCCACUAUUGGAUGAGCCAAGGCGCCUACCUGUGAAGACAGCAAGUACUCAGACAGAGGCAGAACCACGCCGUGAAGAUAGUGUUCUUGCAACAGCGCUAUUCCAAAUAGAAAGGACUCUUGAAAGCUCUAUUGGGAAACUUGUGUCUGCUGUUGAAUGGAACAGCCGAGCAAUAAAGAACUUGGAGACUACAGUGCGAAAGCAAGGCGAAUCCAAACGAGGCAAUGAAGAUGGCUCUGCUGAAAAGGAAGCAAAACAUGUUAAAAAAUGAACAUAUAUGUUUAUUGGUAAACCAUGCCAACAUAGUUGCCAUAAUCAAUUUGUUGAAAUCCUUUUGGGACAUUUGGCAUAUUGCUCAAAUAAAGUGUUCAUUUUGUUUGUUUUUAUGUGUUCAACCGAAAGUGUUCUACAUGUUUAUAUAUGACUGUUAUUCUUUGUCUAUUACUACAGUAGACUCUCUGUAAACCAGACGGUAUAGGGACUUUGCAUAUAACAUUGUCAUUAAAUUGCCAAUAUGCUAUUUAUAUGGCAACGGGAGUUUGCCAUAAAAGACAGGGGGGUAAUGUAACAACCCAGUGCAUAGUUCAUUAUUUAAGUGUUAAUCAAAAUUUACAUUGAAACUAGUUACCUGAAUUUCCUUGUCAACAGCAUAAUUGUUUUCAUUGUUCAUUCAUUCAUGUUGCUUUUCCUAGCCUGGUCAUAUAAUUAAUAGUGCUGACC